AUGACCUUGGGCUUCAUGCUGAUGGAGCUGGUGGUACUCCUGGAGAACCAGGAUGCUCCAGGAGGCAGAGAAUUGCAUUCACUUGGUAUUGCACCUCUGCCCUUGCCCAUGGAUAACAAGCCAGAUGCAGAAACCAGCCAAAGCUCGCAAUACGGUUUUGAAUCGCUACCCCAGAAGAUUUGUCUCAUCUGCGGUGAUGAGGCUUCUGGUUGCCACUAUGGAGUACUUACCUGUGGAAGUUGUAAAGUCUUCUUUAAAAGGGCAAUGGAAGGGCAGCACAACUAUCUAUGUGCUGGAAGAAAUGACUGCAUAGUCGAUAAAAUUCGUAGGAAAAACUGUCCAGCGUGUCGCUUGAGGAAGUGCUGUCAAGCUGGUAUGGUCCUGGGAGGUCGAAAAAUUAAAAAGUUUAACAAAAUUAAGGUUGUGAGAACAUUAGAUGUUGCGCUCCAGCAGCCAGCAACCCUUCAAGAUGAAAGCCAAUCUCUAACCCAAAGGCUGUCCUUUUCUCCAAAUCAAGAAAUACAGUUUGUUCCCCCUAUGAUAAGUGUUCUACGAGGCAUCGAGCCAGAAGUUGUCUAUGCUGGUUAUGACAAUACAAAACCUGAAACACCAAGUUCCUUGCUGACCAGUCUAAAUAAUCUUUGUGAGAGGCAACUUCUUUGUGUCGUCAAGUGGUCUAAGUUGCUACCAGGAUUUCGGAAUUUACAUAUCGAUGAUCAGAUAACCCUCAUCCAGUAUUCCUGGAUGAGUCUAAUGGUUUUUGCAAUGGGAUGGAGAUCAUACAAACAUGUCAGUGGUCAGAUGUUAUAUUUUGCACCAGAUCUGAUUCUAAAUGAACAGAGGAUGAAAGAAUCAUCGUUCUAUUCCCUGUGUCUAUCCAUGUGGCAACUCCCACAGGAAUUUGUCAGACUUCAAGUUAGUCAAGAAGAGUUCCUAUGUAUGAAAGCACUGUUACUUCUCAACACAAUUCCUUUGGAGGGUCUAAGAAGUCAAAGCCAAUUUGAUGAGAUGAGAACGAGUUACAUUAGAGAACUGGUGAAGGCAAUUGGUUUGCGCCAGAAAGGUGUUGUGGCCAACUCACAGCGUUUCUAUCAUCUUACAAAACUGAUGGAUUCCAUGCAUGAUCUAGUGAAACAGCUCCAUCUCUUCUGUCUGAACACAUUUCUCCAGUCCCGUGCACUGAGCGUUGAAUUCCCCGAGAUGAUGUCAGAGGUGAUUGCUGCCCAGCUACCCAAGAUUCUGGCAGGGAUGGUGAAACCUCUUCUCUUUCACAAAAAGUGA